CCCGUGCCGCAGCUGCGCCAGGAGGUGGUGGUGUGCAUGCGGCGGGACACGGCGCUGGAGACGGCGCUCAACGCCAAGGCCUACAAGCGCAGCAAGCGGCAGUCGCUGCGCGAGGCCCGAAUCACCGAGAAGCUGGAGAAGCAGCAGAAGAUCGAGCAGGAGCGCAAGCGCCGCCAGAAGCACCAGGAAUACCUCAACAGCAUCCUGCAGCACGCCAAGGACUUCAAGGAGUACCACCGGAGCGUGAGCGGGAAGAUCCAGAAGCUGACCAAGGCGGUGGCCACGUACCACGCCAACACCGAGCGCGAGCAGAAGAAGGAGAACGAGCGCAUCGAGAAGGAGCGGAUGCGGCGCCUCAUGGCUGAGGAUGAGGAAGGGGGGUGUUCAGGGUGUACCCCAGGUGUAUCCCAGCCCCCCAUUCCCGGUGUUUUUCCCCCCAGGAAUGCCAAGCAGGACGUGGAUGAUGCGUACGGGGUGUCCCAUCCCCUAUUCCCCUCCCUGAUCCCUGUAUCCCGUAUUUUCCCCCCAGGAAUGCCAAGCAGGACGUGGAUGACGAGUACGGGGUGUCUGUCCCUCCCUGAUCCCUGUAUCCCACAUUUUCCCCCCAGGAAUGCCAAGCAGGACGUGGAUGACGAGUACGGGGUGUCGCAGGCGCUGGCGCGGGGGCUCCAGUCCUACUACGCGGUGGCUCACGCGGUCACCGAGCGCGUGGACAAACAGUCGGCCCUCAUGGUCAACGGCGUCCUCAAGCAGUACCAGUACAUCAUCAAGGACAAGCACAUCCUGGCCAAGAUCCGCUGGAAGUACAUGAUCGUGGACGAGGGGCACCGCAUGAAGAACCACCACUGCAAGCUGACCCAGGUGCUCAACACGCACUACGUGGCCCCGCGGCGGCUGCUGCUGACGGGGACGCCGCUGCAGAACAAGCUGCCCGAGCUCUGGGCCCUCCUCAACUUCCUGCUGCCCACCAUCUUCAAGAGCUGCAGCACCUUCGAGCAGUGGUUCAACGCGCCCUUCGCCAUGACCGGGGAGAAGGGCAAAGGCGGCACCAAGACCCUGAUGAACACGAUCAUGCAGCUGAGGAAGAUCUGCAACCACCCCUACAUGUUCCAGCACAUCGAGGAAUCCUUCUCGGAGCACUUGGGGUUCACGGGCGGGAUCGUGCAGGGGCUGGAUUUGUACCGCGCCUCCGGCAAGUUCGAGCUCCUGGACCGGAUCCUGCCCAAGCUCCGGGCCACCAACCACAAAGUGCUGCUCUUCUGCCAGAUGACCUCGCUCAUGACCAUCAUGGAGGAUUAUUUCGCCUACCGCGGCUUCAAAUACCUCAGGCUGGACGGCACCACGAAGGCAGAGGACCGGGGGAUGCUGCUGAAGACGUUCAACGAGCCGGGCUCCGAGUACUUCAUCUUCCUGCUCAGCACCCGGGCCGGGGGGCUGGGGCUCAACCUGCAGUCGGCUGACACCGUCAUCAUCUUCGACAGCGACUGGAACCCCCACCAGGACCUGCAGGCCCAGGACCGCGCCCACCGCAUCGGGCAGCAGAACGAGGUGCGGGUGCUGCGCCUCUGCACCGUCAACAGCGUGGAGGAGAAGAUCCUGGCGGCCGCCAAGUACAAGACCUGCAGGCCCAGGACCAGGUGCACCUACACGGUCCCGUUAUGGGAUGGAUCCCUGAGCUCCCCCAUGGGUUUUGGGGCCAAACCCGUGGUUUUUGAGUACAAACCCCCUGGUUUUGGGGACGAACCCGUGGUUUUUGAGUACAAACCCCCUGGUUUUGGGGACGAACCCGUGGUUUUUGGGGUCCCCCAGGACCUGCAGGCCCAGGACCGCGCCCACCGCAUCGGGCAGCAGAACGAGGUGCGGGUGCUGCGCCUCUGCACCGUCAACAGCGUGGAGGAGAAGAUCCUGGCGGCCGCCAAGAGGAAGGUGUUUUUCUGGCUGGGCCUGAAUCGCUGUGUUUAUCCACAGAGCAGACAGAGCGCGGGCGGGGGCAGCUUCCCCCACGCCGCCUCCUCCCUGUGCCCGGGCGCUGACGCGGAGGAGGCGCCGCUGAAGGAGGAGGACGAGGUGCCCGACGACGAGACCGUGAACCAAAUGAUCGCCCGGCACGAGGAGGAGUUCGACCUGUUCAUGCGCAUGGAUCUGGACCGGCGGCGGGAGGAGGCCCGCAAUCCCAAGCGGAAGCCGCGGCUGAUGGAGGAGGACGAGCUGCCCUCGUGGAUCCUCAAGGAUGACGCCGAGGUGGAGCGGCUCACCUGCGAGGAGGAGGAGGAGAAGAUGUUCGGCCGCGGCUCCCGCCACCGCAAGGAGGUCGAUUACAGCGACUCCCUCACGGAAAAGCAGUGGCUGAAGGCCAUCGAGGAGGGGACGCUGGAGGAGAUCGAGGAGGAGGUGAGGCAGAAGAAAUCCUCCCGCAAGCGCAAACGGGAGCCCGAGGGCCCCCCCGGGCCCCCCCCCGGGUCCCGGAGCCGGGACAAGGACGAGGAGAGUCGGAAGCAGAAGAAAAGGGGGAGACCCCCGGCCGAGAAGCUGUCCCCCAACCCGCCCCCCCUCACCCGCAAGAUGAGGAAGAUCGUGGACGCCGUCAUCAAGUACAAGGACAGCAGCAGCGGGCGGCAGCUCAGCGAGGUUUUCAUCCAACUGCCGUCCCGCAAGGAGCUCCCCGAGUACUACGAGCUCAUCCGCAAGCCCGUGGACUUCAAGAAGAUCAAGGAGCGGAUCCGGAACCACAAGUACCGGAGCCUGAACGACCUGGAGAAGGACGUGAUGCUGCUGUGCCAGAACGCCCAGACCUUCAACCUGGAGGGCUCCCUGAUCUACGAGGACUCCAUCGUGCUGCAGUCCGUGUUCACCAGCGUCCGGCAGAAGGUGGAGAAGGAGGAGGAGAGUGAGGGGGAGGAGAGCGAGGAGGAGGAGGAGGGAGAGGAGGAAGGCUCCGAGUCCGAGGCGCCCCCCCCCACGUGCCCCCCGGACCAGCUGCGCUGCGGGGACGGCUCGUGCCUGUCGCGAUCGUUCGCCUGCGAUGGGGAGCGCGACUGUCGCGACGGGGCGGACGAGCUGGGCUGCCCCGCGACCCCCUCGCCCCCUCCCUGCCCCCCCCGCACCUUCCGCUGCCGCGGGGGCUCCUGCGUGCCCCGCCUGUGGCUCUGCGACGGCGAUCGCGACUGUCGCGACGGGGACGACGAGGGGCCCGAGCAGUGCGGGACCCCCCGCGCCCCCCGGCCCUGCCCCCCCCUGCAGUUCCCCUGCGGCUCCGGCGAGUGCGUGCACGGAGCGUGGAGGUGCGACGGGACCCCCGACUGUCGCGACAGCUCCGACGAGGAGGGCUGUGCCUCGCCCCCCCCGUGCCCCCCCGGGCAGUUCCGCUGUCGCGACAGGCGCUGCAUCCCCGGGGGGAGGGUUUGUGACGGCACCUUCGACUGCAGGGACGGCGACGACGAGGACGAGUGUCCCGAGGCCCCCCCCUGUGAGCCCCCCCAGGGGUUCCGGUGCCGCUCCGGGGAGUGCAUUCCGGGGGGCCGGGUCUGUGACAGGCGCAGGGACUGCCGGGACUGGAGCGAUGAGCCCCUCAAGGAGUGUG